UUCUUAGGGGUUUUUAAUAGAAACGCCUUUUCCCUUUUGAUAACUGUCUGUUCCCUUCUGCAUGGCCUGUGUUUGCCAUUUGUAAACACAGUAUGUCAAACACUGAUUUGAUUCAGUGGUGAGGCAGCCAGCUAUUUGCAUGUCAUGAGGUCUAAGGGAAACAAACUGACCCUCAGCCUUCAUCCAGCCAGUUUCUGACGGGACCCUCAAAUAGCUCUGGCAGCGUCUUGUUUCUUUUGGACUUGAUGAAUGCUUGUUUCUGUGAAGACAUGUAAUUAUUUCUUCCUUUAUUUUACUGCACAAGUUACCAUGAGAAGCAGCUCCAGACCAAAUGUGAGUAUUGAGGCUCUUUUUCAUUAUGCCUUUAUCUGAUAAUGUUUAAAUAUAGCACUAAACAAGCUCCCGAAUUCAACAUUUUGAGCAAGUAAGCAGGAACAUUUUUAUUCAGACACAAAACUGCUUUUGAAUUAGAUGCAGAAUUCUACACGUAUAUCAAAAGGACUUUAUUUUGUGUGCCAGUCUCACAUAUUAGUAGGAUGCAAUCGUUUUUCUUAGUUGGCUCACUCAUUGAUUUAUGGGGAGAUAAUCUGGGGCUUCCUUUGCGAUGAGGAGAGGAUUGAUUUUGCUUGCUCCAAAACACAACCCAGCAAUAGAAGCAUCUGCUGUUUCCUGUGACAUUUCAAUCACCGCCUUUAUCUCCUAGGCAGCUUUUCUAGGUCCUUGCUAUUGCGAGAAAGCUUUCUGGUGUCUCUGCUGCUAAGAUGCCAUGGAGAGCCCCAGCAGAAUGAGCAGCAGUCACGCUGCCUGCCAUUGCUGCCUGCAGUCCCUGUGUGGGAGGAGGUUUGUCUUAAGAGAAGAAAAUGCUUACUGUGUGACCUGCUAUGACAGCCUGUUUGCCAGCUCCUGCGAGGAGUGCAAGCAACCCAUCGAGUGUGAUUCCAAGGAUCUGUCCUACAAAGGCCUCCACUGGCAUGAGAGAUGCUUCAAGUGUGCCAAAUGCAGUCAGUCACUGGUGGAGAAACCCUUUGCUGCCAAGGACGAGGUCUUGCUGUGUACUGAGUGCUACUCUGAUGAGUAUUCAUCCAGGUGCUUCCACUGCCAGAAGACCAUCAUGCCUGGGUCCCGCAAAAUGGACUUUCAGGGAAGCUCCUGGCAUGAAUCCUGCUUCAUUUGUCAGCAUUGCCGGCAGCCGCUGGGGACAAAGCCUCUGAUCACCAAAGACAAGGAGAAUUACUGCCUGCCCUGCUUUGAGAAGCAAUUUGCUCACCAUUGCUACUCUUGCAAAAAGGUCAUAACUUCUGGGGGAGUGACCUACCAUGACCAGCCUUGGCAUAAAGAAUGCUUUGUGUGUGCUGGGUGCCAAACCCAGCUGUGUGUACAAAGGUUUAUUUCCAAGGAUGACUUUCCAUACUGUGUGGACUGCUUCAGCAAAUUGUAUGCCAAGAAGUGUGCUGCUUGCAAGAAACCUAUUACAGCUCUUGGAGGUCCCACAUUCAUCUCCUUUGAAGAGUGGCAGUGGCACAGGGAGUGCUUCCGUUGCAGGAAAUGCUCAGCCCCGCUGGUAGGGCAGGGGUUCCUCAGCCGGCAGGAGGAUGUCCUCUGCCACAAGUGUGGCUCUGCUCCAUAGCUCUGUGCACAGGCACAUUGUUCCUGCUCCACAGCAAUGUGCCUCCUUGCUCUGAAGUGAGACAAGCAUGGAAAAGGUGCAAGAGUUUAGUCAUUCCAGCAGCAGGUUCAUUCUAUCACAGUUCUCAGCUGCUUACACAGAACACUUCAACAGCCUCAUGGCUAAGAAAAUCACACAGAAAAGUAUUGCAGCUAUUUCCAAGCCCACCCAAGCAUGUUUCUCCUUGUAAGACACUGCACUCUGCUGUUAGAAGCUUAAACAUGGAUGCUUCAUCUCCCAAGACCGGCUGUAUGAAGCCUCUACGG